AUGGCGUCUACUCAACCUACUCCUGCUCGUACUCCUGCUCAGGAACGGGCCUUGGCCCUGAUGGCAGAGCGCGAUCAGGUCGACCAACAACUUCAGGCGCAUAUAUCUAUCCUCUCAUCUCAUGGCGCAGAUAUGUCUACUAGGCUGGUUGAUGCACAAGGUUUUCCAAGGGCAGACAUCGAUAUUACAACCGUCCGAGCUGCGCGUGUACGCGUCAUCGAACUACGAAAUGAUCGAGCUCGCCUAACCGAUGAGAUUGCCCAAGCCCUUGUGGAUGUACAUAGUACCGCACCUCUGAACUCUGCUGCAAUCAAAAUCAAUGGUGUAAACGGUAUCUCUGGACCUUCUCCUGCUGGUACUCCGGAGCCUGAGGCUUCAAUACAGCCGCAAUUACUUGUUCCAUUUGCUCGAGUGGAUGGUGUGGCCCCCAAUAGCCCUGCGCAACAAGCGGGCCUGCAAAGGGAGGACCUCAUUUUGGCAUUCGGAGUUUGA